AUGCAGUUCUCGCGACAACAGCAGCAGCAGUGGCAGCGACAGCGAUGCAGCGUUCGCUUGUUCUCGCAGGUGACGGCCGAGGCGAUCCUCCCGGACGCGAGCACGGCGAUCCCCCUGGUGGCCACGUGCACGUUCACGAUCACCAUCCUGGACGUGAACAACCACGGCCCCGUGUUCCAGCUGUCGAGCUACGAGAUCGCGCUCGCCACGAACGAGCCGGUCGGUCACACGGUGAUGACGCUGGAGGCUAUCGACCUCGACGAGGGAGAGAACGGCACCGUGCUCUACAAUAUGUUCGAUGAGUCGGAUAAGUAUUUUAGAGUGGAUGAGAACAGUUGGAGAUGUCAUUCUGAAGCGAACCCUUAUAUCACAGUCCUG